GCAUUUCAAGAACUUCAACAAAAGAUGAUAGAGACUAAGCAGCGUCUGGCUAUGGGCGAGUCUGUAAAGAAGAUGCAAAAUCAGAAAAUGAGAGUUGCGGAGCUUACGAAGACUCAGUUACUUGGUUUAGAGGAAAGUCGGCCUGUUUAUCGAGGAAUUGGUCGCAUGUUUGUGUUAGAGGAUGUAAAGUCUGAAAUUGCAUAUCAGGAUGCAGAGGCCACGAGAGAUAAAAUUGCUGCUAUAGAACGUCAGAAAGAAUAUUUGGAAAAGAGUUUGGCAGAAUCAGAGAGGAAUAUAAGGGAGAUGGUACAAUCUCGUCCGUGA